GUAAAAUUUGUUUAUGCUAUAAAGUAAGCUACUUCCUUUUUUAUUUCUACUGAAAGAACUAACUUUACUGAAUCUGGCUACAUGCCAUUCAAUGCAUCAGUAAUCGCAAGAGGGAAAGCGAGUCAUGGCAGAUACUGAGAAAAAAGAUACCGCCGACACUAAAAAAGUUAAAAAGCCCCAUUCUCCUAGAAACUAUAAAUUACCUGGCGGAGUAUGGCGUUAUUCAAGAUCAUCCAUGUAUUCUCGACGAAGACUUGCAAAAGUAAAGAAAGAUACCACGCCGAAACCAAAACCUAAACGCAAAACAAGAUAUAUCAUAAAACCAAUUGGGGGAGAAAAGAAUGGAGGAAAGCGUAGAGUAAAAUUGAGGAAAGAAAGGAAAUUUUAUCCUACAGAAGAUAAACCUAGAUUGAAGAAGACUCGCAAAAUGGUUCCAUUUAAGAAGCAUAAGCGUUAUUUGCGUAAAAGUAUAACUCCUGGAACUGUGCUAAUCUUACUUGCUGGCAGACAUCGUGGUAAGAGAGUAGUUUUCUUGAAGCAGUUAGAUACUGGAUUGCUCCUUGUUACUGGUCCAUAUAAGUUAAAUGGCUGUCCACUUAGAAGAAUAAACCAGAUUUACUGUCUUGCUACGAGCACCAAAUUGGAUAUCAGCAAUGUAAAAAUUCCUGAGCAUUUGGACGAUUUGUAUUUCCGGCGAACAAAGCCACAGAAAAAGUCUAAAAAAGAUGAAGAAGAGAUUUUCGACACCAAGAAAGAGGAGUAUUCAGUUACAGAGCAGCGGAAGAAGGAUCAAAUUGAGGUUGAUCGACAGAUAAUUGAUGUAAUCAAAGCUCACCCAGAAAAGAAAUUAAUGUUCCAUUAUCUAAGAGCAUUAUUUUACUUGCAAAAUAAGAUGUAUCCUCAUAAAAUGAGGUUCUAAAUAGAUUGAACUGUUUGUGAAAUAAAAUAUGAAAAAUGCCCUUUUA